GGGGUCCGCGUCCAGGACGCGGCGGGGCGGAGCGGGGCGCGAUGCCCCCCGGCAGGGCCGGGCCCGGAGGGGCGGGGCGGAAACGGGGCGGGACGGCCGCACCUAGCUCUGGGCUUCCAGCCUGGCCCGCCCUCUACCCUGGGCGCUCCUCAAAAGGGGCGCGGGCGGCGGGCGGCGGCGCCGUCGGGGCUGGGGUGCGGCCGCCAUGGACCCGUGGCCAUGGCUGACGGCGGCGCUGCUGCUGCUGUUGCUGCUUGUGCAGCUGAGCCGCACAGCCAGGUUCUACGCCAAGGUCGGUCUCUACUGCGUGCUCUGCCUGUCCUUCUCCGCCGCGGCCUCGAUCGUCUGCCUGCUGCGCCACGGCGGCCGCACCGUGGAUAACAUGAGCAUCAUCAGCUGGUUCGUUCGGUCCUUCAAGUACAUGUAUGGCCUUCGCUUUGAGGUCAGCGGACAGAAGAAACUGGAGGUGGAUGGUCCCUGUGUCAUCAUCUCUAAUCACCAGAGCAUCCUGGACAUGAUGGGUCUCAUGGAAAUACUCCCUAAGCGCUGUGUGCAGAUCGCCAAGCGUGAGCUAAUGUUCACAGGGCCCGUGGGCCUCAUCAUGUACCUUGGGGGUGUGUACUUCAUCAACCGCCAGAAAGCCAGAACUGCCAUGUCCGUGAUGGCCGACCUGGGUGACCUCAUGGUCAAGGAGAAUCUCAAAGUGUGGAUCUACCCAGAGGGUACACGCAACGACAAUGGGGACCUGUUGCCCUUUAAAAAAGGUGCCUUCUACUUGGCCAUCCAGGCCCAGGUGCCCAUCAUCCCUGUGGUGUACUCCUCAUUCUCCUCCUUCUACAAUGUCAAGACGAAGCUCUUCACCUCAGGAACAAUCAAGGUACAAGUGCUGGAUGCUGUCUCUACCAGUGGUCUUACGGAUGCUGAUGUCACCAAGCUGGUGGACACUUGCUACCAGUCCAUGAGGGCCACCUUUCUACAAAUUUCUGAGAUUCCCCAAAAGAACUCUGCCAUUAAGGACCCUGGGGUCUUGCCAGCCCAGUAGCCCAGGCUACAGGGGCAGGGGAGCUGGGGAAAAGAGCAGAGGCUGAAGGAUGGACAGAAGGCCACACCCUCCCACUUACCAAACAUCACCUUAUCCUGCUCCCCUGCUGGCCUGGCUCUCAUUGGGGCCUGGAAACAGGAAACCCUUUCUAGCACAGGCCUUAGAUCCAGGACCCUAUGUAACUUCCCACCUCAAGCCUGUGCCUCCAGAAUCCAGGUGUGGCUAUCCAGCGGGUGGGCUGGCCCACAAGACCACAAGGCACCUAGGAGUGUGCACCACAUUACCCAAGGCCCACCCCAUCAUGCAGGACGAAUGUUCAGAAACCAGGCAGUGGCCUGUAUCAGGCCAUCACGAAGAGGAGGAACUUGGUCUCCCAGUCUCAAGGAAGCCUGGCUCACACAGCACCGGAGGGCAGAGCCUGCAGCCCGCGCCACCGACACGUCUGCCGGCCUCAGUCACAACUCACUGCUGUGUUUGGUUCUUUUUCUAUAAAUGAACUCUCAGAAGUGCCUAAA